AUGGAGGAGAAGAUGCUUUACACCUUGAUGACAAGUGCAUGGAAUAUAUGGAAAGACAGAUGUGACGUCGUGUUCCAGGGAGUAUCACUUAAUCCUUUCACCUCAAUGCAUAUGAUUCAGUACCAUUUGCGAUCUCAUUUCUAUGAUAAUAAUGCAUUCAUUCGUAAUAUUAAUACUCAUAGAAUCUCUCAUUGGAAACAUCCCAUGCAUGAUAUCUUAAAAUUGAAUGUAGACGCUUCUUUUGAUUAUGAUACUAACCAAAGUGGCACUGGUAUUGUUCUACGUUCUCAUAUAGGCACAUGUGAAGGGAUCAAAGGAAACUAUGCAGAUGGAAUUCUGAGUCCGGAGAUGAGUGAAUGCAUGGCAAUACGUGAAGCACUGGUGUGGGCCAAAGAGAAACAUUUAAAAAGAAUUCAUAUAGAAGUUGAUGCAAAACUUAUCAUUCAAUCAAUAACAGGCAAUGUUCUUCGCAUACAAUGGGAGAAUAGAAACCUUCUUAAGAAAAUAAUACAUUUAAGCUCAAGUUUUUUACAAUGUUCUUUCUCUUUUAUUGGUAGUGAUGACAAUCAGAUAGCUGAUGCAGUUGCUAAAACUGUUAGGAAAACAGUACUAAUUUAG